AUGCCGCUGCACGCGGGCGGGCUUGGGCUCUCCUCUGCCGCAGCCACCAAGUGGCGUCUCAAAAAUCCCGGCGCGCGCCAACACCCGCAUUCGCAGUGCCCAAGCGCUGCCAACGGUAAACGAACGGACGGCGACGAGGACGGCGAAGCGGAGGCGCAGAAGGGUGCAGAUGCGUGGCUAGCGGAGAAGGGAGCGGGGGGGACGGCGCUAGGGGGUGGCGCGCGAAUGGGGAGAGGGCUUCGUGGAAGGGGACCCGGAGUUAAGCGGAAGGGCUGGCAGAGGGCACGUGGAGGGGUGCGGGGUGGGGAGAGGAGCGGGAACGUCGGCGGGUGUGGGAUGGAUGGGCAGAGUGAUGCGGGAUUGGGUAGAGGGGCGAACGAAAGAUGGGAUGACGAGAUGGAGUUAGACAUGGUGUGGGGCGACGACGAUGACGACGAUGAGAAGGACAUGGAGAGGAGUGGAGGAGGGGACAACAGCGGAGCAAGGAGAGGCUGGGCACACAGUGGAGGGAGUGGUCGAGAGGGAAGCGAGGAUGUGAUGCGAAUGGAGGACGAUGGAAGUGUGGUGGCUUCUGACCGGUUGCAAGGCGUGCCCAUUCCACCCAAGCGUAGGUCUCUUGGCGGAGGAGGUCAGCAGUCCUCUGCAUCCCUGUAUGGCGCGGGGUCCGGCAGUGGCAUGCGGCCGCGCAGCCAAUCCGAGGCGGACCUCACCACGCUGCGGAUGAGGCACUGUGCGGGUGGCGGAGGGGGGAAAGAGGGCUCGUGGCGAGAGAAAGGCGCGCACGCGCGUGGGGAAAAGGGGGUGAAGGGAGAGGGGGAUAUGGACGUGGAUGCGGGAGUGCAAUGGAAUGAGGAAGUCGAUUUGCUGAUGGAUGGAGGAGGAGGAAGGAGGGGACAGGAAGGGGUGAGAGAGGUGUGGAUAGAAGAAGGGGGAGACGAUGAGGCAGGGGGAGGGGAGGAAGAUGUAGUUGAGGUAGAGGAGGAAAAGAGAGCCGGGGAGGAGGGAGAAGAAGAGGAGGAAGGUGACGAGGAUGGGCAACUGGAGCUACUACAGCAUGUGCCGAGUGGUCACCGGGACCUUGUGCUUCUCACUAUGCCCUCGCCUCACUAUCGUGCACUCACUACCCCCUCCGGUGCUGCUGGUGCUGGCCCUGUGGUGGGGAAGGGUACGCGAGAGGACGCAGUGGGGGAGGGAAGGGGGGAGCGAGUGGGCAUGCAUCGAGUCGCCAGCGAUGGCAGCAUAUGGAGGGCUGGGGGGAGGACAGGCGGCAUGGGAAGAGCAGGGAUAGGAGAGGGCGAUGUGGAAAAGGGCGGGAUGACGGGGGCGAGAAAGCAAGGUGGGGGAGUUGGCGUGGGAGGCAGAGAGCAUGUGGCGGGUGCGAGUUUGGCAGAGGCUGCUGGUAUCGUGUCGGACGAUUUCCUCCUCUACUCGCCAAACUCUCCUCUGUGCUCAGUGAACCUCACAGACAUAGUGAACGCCUCCAGUCUCUACCGCUGCAUGGACCACGCACAAAAGAGUCAGCUCGUUGCCAUGCUGCCUGCUGUCGACACUGCCAAUGGCUCCGCCAGUGUGGAGAGCAUGUUCCGCAGCAAGACGUUUCUCCGAGCAGUCAAGAACUUCCAGAAGCUGCUCGCGCAGGGCAUGUUUGACGCAUCUUCCCUGCCGGCAGACACAGCGCACCUCUUCUCCUCCCUCACCUCCACCUCGUGCCUUGACCUCUCUGCCUCUGGCUGGUGGCAGCGCUGGGGCCAGGCUCAUGCCUCCUCUGCUUCUGUCUCUCACCCGCCACCACCUGCACCUGCACCAACACCGCCCACACCAACCCCACCACCGCCGCCACCGCAACCAUCACCUCCACCACCAACACCACCUGCAGCUGCUUCUCCUGCCGUUACUGCUGCUGUGAUUGCGCCUAGUGUAUCGGCAGCUGCUGCUGCUGCCAUUGCUGUUUCUGCUGUUGCUGUUCCUUCCACCAUUUCGCCUGCACCUGUCACUGCAGCAGGGGAUUCUCGCUCAUCCACCCCUCCGUCGCCAGUACACACCCCUCCUGCCGUCCCUGCUCCAUCUGCCCUUUCCACUGCUGUAAUCAUUGCACGUGGCAGCACUGCUGCUGGUGCUGCGAGUGGGGCUGGUGCUGACAGUCCGUCUGGUGCUCCCAGUGCUAGCACUGUUGGUACUGCUGCAGCAGGUGGACACUCAGGAGGCCAAGGCAUGUCGCAUUCUCUCGGGCAUCCUCGCUCCACAUCAACAGCAUCAGGUCCAUCUCCUAGCAUGUCAACAGUGCCAUCUUCUUCACCCAGUGCCGGCUCUGCUCUACGCAAAUGCACCACUGCCACUGCCUCUACGACAGGACCUACUGCAUGCAGUAGUAUGGACAAUGGAGUGGCAGCAGCUGAUGCGGCCGCCAGAGGGUUCAGUGGAGUGUAUGGGUCUCAGAAGAAGCCACCACCAGGCGCACAAGCAAUGGCAGCACCAGGCGUGGGAGCUGGACACAAGUCUCAGAGAAUCCCUGCUGUCACUGCUACCACUGCUGUUUCAAUUCCUACCGUCUCUGCCACUACUGGUGCGUUGGCAGUGCCAGCACACGUGACUGGUAUGACAGCAAUGAAGGCAGCAGUUGUGAUUCCAGUGCAGGAGCAGCAGCAGGCGGGAAGAAAGGUUGCACCCGUGGUGCCUGCAGGCUUGGGGGUGGGAACAGGUAAAGUAGCAGAGGCGAAGGAUGAGGACGAGGAGGAUGGGUCAUUUGCUGCUGUGUGUGGGCAUGUUAAAGUGCCACAACAGCCCAACCGUAACCAAGCUUCCCGUGACCCCUCACAUUUCGCCCUGUCGGCCAACUUCUUCUCGGGUUCCUCCCUACUAUCUGCCUCCCCUCCCACUGGGACUACCACUCCUUCGCCUCCUCCUUUCCACACCUCCUCGGCAUCAGUAACACCUGCUGCUGCUGCCCCAUCGUCCCAUGGGGCCAACACCUCCUCCGGUACUGGUGGCUCGUGCAGUGUCAUUGUUCCUCAUGGUGCCACUGCAAUGCAAGAGCCACUAGAGUGA